CCUCCAUGUCCCUCCGAAACCAAGUCCACGUCGGCCUGUUUCACCUCGCGCCAGUUUUGACCUCCGGUGCCUCCUUAGCCUGGGCAUUCUCCGAGUAUCAGACCCUCAUCCCAUUCCUUCAAUCGGACAUCCCUGCCGCGCCCCUUGCAUCAUGGUUUAACAGGUGGUUCCGGCUCGCUACAGCUGGUAUCGUCGGCUGUGGACUAGCCUCUACCAGCUGGGGAUACGUAGGAUCGACGCGGGCAGCUGGGAUGGCGGGGAGACUGUAUUUGUACGGUGCUGUCCUGUCGGCCGCCCACUUUGCGUUCGUACCUUGGAUUGCGCCCUGCAUAGAGCGCCUGGUGUAUGGGCCUGAACAUAGAACGAAGGACGAACUCAGGAGGUGGCUAAGGAUCCAUACCGUCCGAACGCUCCUGACCGACAUUCCUGCUUUUGUGUGCUUUACGUGGGGGUAUUUGGAGUGGACAUCAUAAUUUCCGGGACGCGGGGAUGUGCAUAGAGUGUGCAUUAUUGAUACUCGAUUGUUGUAAGGAAAUUUGAAGGAACGUAGAACAAAUGUUAAGGGCACGUCCUUAUUCAAUUCGGUGAUCGGCAGGUGAGAAGCAGCCCGGCUGCAUAAACAACAGCCUCUUCAUUGGAUAGCCACGACCUCGUUGUAUAUGUAGCUACCUAUCAUAUUCACAAAACCAG